AUGGGUCCCAAAAACCGCUUCCGCUUCCCGUCCCACCUGGACGCAGAGGACCAAGGUAAAUCAUCCUGGCUCGACAUCUUUCACCCUCACCGACGUUCUUACUCCCCAUUCCUAUCCCCCGCCCGCCCAUCCACAACCUCCCCAUCCUCAGCCCCCCAAACCCCCAACUCCACAAAACUCACCCGCAUAAACACCCUCCUCACCAACCUCGCCGACAUCAAACACUCCCUCGACAUCCGCACAUUCACCCAAAACCUCAUCCAACACCACGGCCUCUUCUGCCGUUCCUGCAGCCGCGCCGCUGCCCCAGGUACCUGCGGUCCUACAUGUGCACUCCUGCACCCGCAUCCACGCGACAGUCUGUCACCCUGGCUUACCGCGUCCUGGCACGAGGAUUGUAAAGCUGACGAGGCGCUGUACACGGCCAUCAAGCGUGGCGUAGAUUCCACAGGCGACAAGGCACAUUCGAGUCAGAUUAAGCAGUGGGAGGAUGGUGUGGAGCGGUUACGGAAGGGGAUUAUGAAUCAGGCGGAUAGGGUGGGUGAGGGUGGGAAGGCUGGGACGAAGGGAUUGGAUGUUGCUGGGGCUUUGAAGAAGGAUUGGGGGUUUGAGGGGGCGUGGGGGAGGGGAGGGGCGCUGGGGGAUCGGGAUGUUGCGCCGGAUGAGGAGGGCGAGGAGAAUUUGCAAGGUGAGUAG